AUGCUUCUACCCCCAUUGCGCACUUCUCAAGAACUGUUACAACCGGCUGUGGCGGUGGCGCCGCCCAUUCCCUUCAUCCCAACCUCCUUCUCACUCAAGCCCUCGCCAUCAACGCUCCUCGGCCUUCACCAUUCCAGCCUGCCUUCGUUGGAUCGCGCAUCGCUGCGGUCAGCAUCCUCUCCCACGUACGGCGAGCCAACGCCGGGCAAACGCCUUCCAGAGAAGCUGCCGCCAUUUAUCCUCGGCGGCGGCGGCCCCGGCGGUCACGACUAUCCGAUGUACGAUGGCCUCAUGCCCGUGGAUUGGAACAGCUCAUCCAGCAAAGUGAUUGCCCAGCGUGAGCGGCUCCUCCGCACUGUCAUGGAUGCAUCCGCCACCGCUCGACCCGCCGCCGCCGCCGCCGCCGCCAGGGAGGGAGUAAUAGUCGGCGACAACGGCGUUAGCGCAGCCGCUCCAUCUGCCGAGCCCAGGGCGGCGGCCGUCAUCUCUACCUCCGGCGGCGGUCUCGGGAUCGCUCCUACGACUACGACAACAGCCAUGACCACCAUGGAGGACUCUGAGGAAGGCUACCGGGAGGGCUUCAUGGAUGGCUACAAAGAAGGCCGGAAGGAGGGCUACGAGGGAACGCACCACUUCAAGGAGGCCUAUCGCGACGGAUUCCGCGAGGGGCGGACGGGCGGCUACAUCGACGGCAAGCAGGAAGGCUAUCGAGGCGGCCGCAUCGAUGGUGCGCUUGCCACGAGCCUUGACGAGGAAUGGGACAUCGAUCAAUAUGGCAACAUGCUCGACUCCGAGGCCACCCGUGGCUGGCGCGGGCAGGCGCUCCCCCCUCUUCGACGAGCGAAGCUGCACGCCGGCAAUGGCGCUGCUGUGCCGCCGCCGCCAGCCCUGCCGCCGGCUCAUCAGCAACAUCACCCCAGCCGACCACAGAGCGCAGUCUGGGAGCGAGUACCGGCCGACAAGGGAGCGAGCAACGACCGCGUCAGUUCCGUCUCCAUCAAUUUCGAUUUUAGCGGACCAACGACCUCCCAGCAGCAUGAUCACGGCACCCACCGACAUCACCAUCACCAUCACCACAGCCACAGCCACAGCCACAACCAUCGUCACCACCACUACCACAGCCACAAUCACCACGAUCACGGCGACCCUCAUCGAUGUUCACGAGUGGACGUGGAAGACUCAGGAGAAGGGAGGAGGCGAGACGACGACACCAACAACCCCUGCGGGCGGACCGGCAGCGAUACGCACGACGAAAAGGACAUCGCCGAGAGCUUCGGGGAGGAAAGCAGAGACCUUAGACGAACAGACGAACGGGACGGAGGAGAAAAUAAGAAGAAGAGGAAGAAGCGAAAACGCGAGGCAGAGGCCCGCCGCGACGGAAACCCGACCGACCGAUUCGACGCAACGUUGCGGGACAGCAAGAAGCGGCCACGGAGUGAACAUUCCGCAGCCAGUCCGCCCGACAGCACAGACAGCGAGAAGAAAAGAAAGAGGGCUACGCGAGAACAGCUCGACAUCCUUGAACGAGUGUUUGAGCAGGAGUUAGCCAAUGAACUGGGCUUCAGUCCUCGCCGGAUCCAGAUCUGGUUCCAGAAUAGGAGGGCCAAGUCGAAAAAGAAGGAAGGAAAGCAGUACGUCAUGGUGAACUACGGCAAGCACUCCUUCAAGAAGGAACCGAGGGAGAAUGCCAAGCAGAACGGCGGCGGGCCUGGUGUAGCCGACUAG